AUGCCGGCCCCGCUGCUCCUCGGGACCCUGCUGCUCCUGGCCUCGGCCGCCGGCCCGGCCGCGGCGCGCCCGCCCAACGCCACGAGCGCCGAGCCGCCGGGCCCGCUGCCCGCGCUGCUGGCGCACCUGCGGCGCCUCACCGGGGCCCUGACCGGCGGCGGCGGCGGCGCGGGGGGCGCGGGCGCCAAUGGCACGCGGACCGGCCCCGCGGGCGGCGCGGGCGCGGCGGCGCGGGCGCCCCCUCCGGCGGAGCUGUGCCACGGCUACUACGACGUGAUGGGCCAGUACGACGCCACCUUUAACUGCAGCACCGGCUCCUACCGCUUCUGCUGCGGCACCUGCCACUACCGCUUCUGCUGCGAGCACCGCCACAUGCGCCUGGCGCAGGCCUCCUGCUCCAACUACGACACGCCGCGCUGGGCCACCACGCCGCCGCCCAUGGCCGGGGGCGCGGGGGGCGCGGGGGGCGCGGGCGGGGGGCCCGGGCCCGGCCAGGCCGGCUGGCUGGAAGGGGGCCGGGCGGGGGGCAACGGGAUGCGCGGGGGCGAGGGCCCCGGGGGCAGCACGGCCUACGUGGUGUGCGGGGUCAUCAGCUUCGCCCUGGCCGUGGGCGUCGGGGCCAAGGUGGCCUUCAGCAAGGCGUCCCGCGCGCCCCGGCCGCCCCGGGACAUCAACAUGCCCAGGGCGCUGGUGGACAUGCUGAGGCAUCAGGCGGGACCCGGGGCCCGUCCGGACCGGGCUCGGAGCAGCUCCUUGACGCCGGGGGUCGGGGGUCCCGACAGUAUGGCCCCGAGGACGCCCAAGAACCUCUACAACACCAUGAAGCCCUCCAACCUCGACAACCUGCACCACAACUACCUGCACCUGAACGUCAGCAGCCCCACGCACCACGCCACCACGCUGGACUGGAGGACCGCCCCACCGCCCAGCCCCAACCUGCCUUACUCCACGCUGUCCUGCUCUCGGUCCUUCCACAACCUCUCGCAUCUGCCCCCCUCCUACGAGGCUGCGGUGAAAUCCGAGCUCAACCGCUACUCCUCCCUCAAGAGGCUGGCCGAGAAGGACCUGGACGAGGCGUACCUGAAGCGCUGGCACCUGGGGGACGUGCCCCGCGGGACGCUGCCCCUGCACACGCUGCGGCGCCCGGGCACCGGCGGCGGCUACCGCGCGGACUGGGGCGGCGCCGAGGAGCUGGGCCCGGCGCCCGCGCCCCACCCGCGGCGCGUCAUGUCGCAGGAGCACCUGCUGGGCGACGGCGGCCGCUCGCGCUACGAGUUCACGCUGCCGCGCGCGCGCCUGGUGUCGCAGGAGCACCUGCUGCUGUCCUCGCCGGACGCGCUGCGCCAGAGCCGCGAGCACCUGCUGUCCCCGCCGCGCAGCCCCGGGCCGGCCGACUCCGCCCGCGCCGGCCUGGCCGCCUCGCACUCCAACCUGCUGCUCGGGCCCGGCGGGCCGCCCACGCCGCUGCACGGGCUGCCGCCCGGCCUGCACGCGCACCACCACCACCACCUGCACGCCGCGCAGCCGCCCUGGCUGGCGGACGCGGGCGGCGGGGGCGCGCUGGCCGGCCGGCCGCCCUUCCAGCGCCAGGGCACGCUGGAGCAGCUGCAGUUCAUCCCGGGCCACCACCUGCCGCAGCACCUGCGCACCGCCAGCAAGAACGAGGUGACGGUCUGA